AUGCCUGCAACUUCAACCCUCAUCGCGGACCUAAACCACACACCCAAAGUCCCAAAGCUACGAUCCUCUUGUGAGGAAUGCGGAAACGCCAAGGUCAGGUGCAAUCCGAGUGGUCAGCCUGAGUGUAGUCGCUGUAUUGCGCUCGGCCUGAUCUGUGUCUAUGGGAUAUCGCGCAAGUUUGGCAAGCCACCGCGCAAGAGGGGGCCUGACCUUGAUAUAAGCAACAGCUUUUUAUGCAAAAAGCGUGCGACUUGGACUGCCGGAAGCUGUGAGAAUCUUACAAUCGGGGGAUCUGAGCAGUCUCGGGAUGUCAACAGAUCUGCGCAGUUCAGUUCCGCGAGCUCAGUGUCCAACAACCCUCCAGUGCCUUCCAGUAUCCACGCUCCGUCAAGCAUCUAUCAACAGGAACAUUCCGGUCCACCGUUUAUGACUUCGUUCUCGGUCGAUGAAUGGCCUCAGCUGGAUAUCUGGGGCAGUCUAGAUAUUCCACCCCUCUCAACCUCCGCUCUGGAACCUGCCACCAAUUUGAGCAGGAGCUUUGAUACUCCCAAUUCCCACAGCUGCCCCAGGGGUUCGUACGAGCUCUUCCGAGACUUGAUAUGUCCAGGGCCUUUCCUUCACGCCCCCGAAGUAAGCUCAGAUACGGUCUCUGCACAACUGGACCAAGUGCUCAUUUUUAACAGAGAUGCGAUCGACCGUCUCAACCGGCUUUUGGAGUGUCCAUGUGCUAAAUCGGGCCAUCGAGUCAUGGUCCAUGCAUCCAUUAUUUCUCGCAUUCUCAUUUGGUAUCAGCAGGCGGCUGGGUCGACCGGCUGCAAUGCAAUGGCAGCUUCAUCACCAUCGGGUAGUGCGUCAUCAUCCUCAUCUCCGCCAUCUGGGGCGACGACUGAUACCGAUACGGCAAGCUCGCCCAUGCUAGUUCAAUCCACCGGGUUUGCCGUAGCACAGGUGCCUGUCUCAAUGGGUACCUUCAACAUCGAGGACCAAAACUUGCAAGCUAUCAUCAGAAAUCAAUUAGUGUUAAGCGAGCUCAAAAAGACAGCUGAUUUGAUUGACCGCUUUACAUCCCACAACUAUGACGAGUCAUCUGGCCAAGGUGUGACUAGUCUGUAUUCGCAUUUAGGGAAAAAGGAUAUAACUUAA